CAAAACCGGUUUGAGCUACAGGAAGCUACGCCCACAAGCGUGCCUGAAUCGGAUUGCCAGUUAUAGUACUUGGCUAGCUCGAAUUUUGCACAGUGUACUGUAGCUGCCUGGAUAACACAAUCUCCUAGUAGUAUUAUUCCAUGAAUUAUUAGUCAGCAUGGAAAAACCAUUCAUUAUUAUUGCUCAUUCCACCGGGUUGCAAAAAUGUAAACAGGUUUGAAUUAUUAGCUUGACCACCAUGCGAUGUUUUAACACCCCCAGCGUCGAUUACUGCUUGGUUUUCGACAGCAAUUUGCCCAACUUGGGGAGCAGCGACGGCUCGAUCACGGCGGCCGUGACGAGGCCACCGUACGCGGCGCCCAGAAUGCCGCACGACAGGACGUCUUGUCCGGACAGGUACAGGUUGGCAAUGGGGGUGCGUGGGUUGGUCACGUCCGAUGUGAACCGGGCGGGCGUGUGACCGAGGCCGUAGAUGGCGCCGCGGGUCGUGCCCAAGUAGUAGUCGUUGCUGAGGGCGGUGCCAAACUCGGCCACUUCGAUGGAUUCCCGCGUGACUUUGGGGAACUCGUUGAGGAAUUCCGUGAGCAUCCGCUCCUUCCACACCGCCUUGAGCGCUUCGUAGUCAUCUCCGCGGCGCUUGACGCGGCCGCCCUUGAACUUUUCCACGUGCGGGUAAAAGCAUGGGGCGACCACCAGCCCCACUUGUUUGCCAGGAAACCGCGUGGCGUACGUCGGGUCUUUCGCCGACGAGAACGACAUGAAGAGCGCGCAAAACGGCGCGUCGGGCGAGUCCUGUUGUGCCACAUGAGAUUCAUGUAUGAGGCAAGGACGCGUAUCUCAUUUUAGACGCCGGUGUAUAGGAUAAAUACCUGGUUGGCCUUGAAGUUGGCGUCGUGGCUCCACGACGGGUACUUCCACACGUUGUGCGUGGGCAGGUCAAGCGCCUGGGCGUCCCCCUUGAAGCCCACAAACAGCGACAUGAGCGAGCAACAAGCCUGCAGCGCCGGGUUUUGCAGUUCGCGCACUUGACGCUCCACGCGAUGUUGGUGGUCCUGCGGAAUCAGCUUCGUGUACGUCUGGGGCGCCCCGACGGUGCUGAUGAUCGUGCGGGCCAAGAUGUCCUUGUCCUUGACGCGGACUCCGUAGGCGGCGCCGGACGCAUCGAUCAAUACUUGCGAAACUGGCGCACGCACCAGCACUUUGCCGCCAUGGGAUUCGAUCACCCGAGCCACCUUCUUGGCAAUGACGCUAGGGCCGCCGAUUGCGUAGUACGCGCCGCCGCGGUAAUGGUUGAGGAUCACAGCGUUGAGCACGAACGCCGCGCGGGACGGCGGGUCGCCAAAGUCGCCCCACGAGUAGUUGAGGAUGCCCACGAGCUCGGCGUUGGUCGUGAGCGACGACACAACUUCCAGCACCGUCUUGUGGAAGUACUCGAGCUUGGACUUGUUCCACCACCGGUACGCGCCACGGAGCCACGUGGGGCACACCUGCAGCCCAAAUAGGCGUCGAUGGAAGCGUGGUCGUCGGGAAAGCGGGUCUUCAGGUACUUCUUGAAGACGUCGUGGUCGGCGGUGAAGUGGACGGCGUCGCGCGCACCGUCGGCUGCUUGGGCGACUGCCACGUCGACCGUGUCGCCCAACCUGUGGCGAUCGAUCUGUGAGACAACAACAAUGCGACGAUGAUGAUUAAGGGGGGGGUAAUGUACCGCUGGAAUUCCACCGAGUUGUUGGAGAUGUAGUCAAACAGCUUGCGGUUGGGGUACGAUUUGUCGUCAAGGUGCCCGCCAACGUAAUGGAACCCCGUGUCGAAUUCGUACCCGCCUUCUUCGAACGUGUGGGUGUUGCCGCCCACAACGUCAUGCUGCUCCAGGACCAGGACACGCUUUCCUUCCUUCGCCAACACGGCCGCCACGGACAAGCCUCCCAUGCCCGACCCGAUCACAAUCACAUCCACGUCGUCGGGGACUUUCUUGGUCGCGAAGCCUUGCUUGACCAGUUCGUCGUCCGUGAGGCUGACCUCCACCUCGACGGGAGGACGACGACGACUCGUUCGACCACGUCGUAGGUAGUAACCACCAGCGACAAGCAACACGACGCUCACGGCCACGGUGGCGUAAAACGCGGCAGGGUCAGUCACUACCUUCAUCUUGCCAAGAGAUGUGAAAUCAAAAGUGUUGUUGGAAGCGAUGUCGAUUUUCAUACGGGUAAAAGAAGUUUGUUUACUAUACAUGGCCAAACUCCAA